UAAGUGAAAACAACCCAGUUUGUGAGAAGCUUUUAUUCAGUUAGGACUAGGAACAAAUAAAUACAAAAUGUAAACAAUUAAUAGGAAAUAAGUAAAAAUCUAACUGAAUAAACCGAAAGUGAAUUGACUAUUGAAGUCAUACCGAUGUCUCUGUACAUCUGCUCUCACAUUGCAGAUUGAAACUGUAUGGCUUCACACGACCACAGGAAUGGCAAAUGCGCGAACCUUUGCUGAUGUGAGGAACGUGAUCUUGUCAGCCCAUAAAAACACAGGGGCACAGGAUAAAGUUGGCUUCUAUGAUAAAUGGGCUGAAAACUAUGAGCAGGAUGUGGCACUACUGGAUUAUCGUGCCCCUCUUUUAGCAGCUGAGUGUGUCAACUCAUUUUGCAGAGGUGACAGAGAGAAGAUCACAGUCUUGGAUGUAGCCUGUGGGACAGGCCUGGUCUCUUCACAUUUAAAGAAAAUGGGAUUUCAUCACUUUGUUGGAGUGGAUGGAAGUUUGGGGAUGCUAGAGCUGGCCAAGAAAACAGGACUCUAUCAGCAGCUUACACACUGCCUGCUUGGUCAAGAUCCCAUUCCCGCUGAAACUGCAACAUAUGAUAUUGUUAUAAUUGUUGGAGCUCUGAGCGUUGGACAGGUGCCAUUGACAAUCAUCAGAGAGCUGUGGGAAGCUGCAAAACCAGGUGGCUAUGUGUGCAUGACUACCAGAGGGAACGCAGAUAACCAAGAUUACAAGGCUGAGCUGGAGCAAAUUAAUCGAUCACUUGAGGAGGAAAAGAAAUGGAGCUGUGUGACUGUUGUUGAGGUGGAGGAGUGGGAAAAGGCAGUUUCACAGGAAGACGACGGGUACAUUCCAGGCGCCAUUUAUCUAUAUCAAAAAAGUAUUCCAUGAAAAUACAAAGGAAACCUAGUGACGUAUAACUGAUAACACAGUCAAAGUUGUGAAUGGACCAAUAGAUACAAUGAAUAUAAUCCACCAGCAGGUGGUGGUAUUAUUGUGGAAAAAUAAUAUAAUUAGUCGUCAUAAAAAUAAGAAUCACCUGGCAGUUGAACUGUAAGUCAAAAGAUGAUUCAUUUCAAUUGUUCACCUGACACUGCAUUGUCACUGUAUUGUCACCUGAAAGACCACAAAGAGGGUAAGAAACCUACUGUACAUCAAAGGUUUUAUGAGGUGUGUGUGUACUGUGUGGUUACAAAUCCACCAUCCCCCAGUUACAUCUAACCUUUUUGUUGGCCACUCCUCGAUACUCCGAGUCCGGCCAGUGAAAACUUCAGAAACUUCCAGAGGUCUCAUGUGACAUAAAUAACACACAAUAGGCUUGUUCGACUUCAUGCGGCGCUGCAAGACCAACAGCCGGAUGACGUCAAAGUACCGCGAGAGCGAUUCGCGAAAUAAUACGGAGGAGUUUGCUUUUAAAUCGCUCUCGCGGAACUUUGACGUCAUCCGGCUGUCGAUUCUUGAGGCGCCGCAUGAAGUCGAACAAGCCUAGACUUUUCAGCAUGUAAUAUGAGCAAACUGAUAAGAAUGUUGUAAGAAUUUCACCUGUAUAAGAGUUUUUUGUUUUGAAUAAAUAAAGUUGUCUAUGUGUACACAUAAACACACAAGGUAAUGCAUAUGUAAUA